AUUAGGCUCGUGCCCUGAGGUCAUAAUUGAAAAUCAGAAAUGAGUUCAGAAGAUACAGCUUACACGGCGCUGCACAAUGACCUCAUACUGAGAGAGAUCAUGACCAGCCUGUCCGACUUGCCUGUACAAUCAAACCGCGGACUACGGGACACGCAAGCCGACUCCACGCUUGCUAGCUGUGCGCGUGUGUGCAGCCUUUUCCGCGAACACGCUUUAAACGCACUAUGGUGGCACAUGGACACUCUCAUGCCCCUGCUGAAGAUCCUAACUUCGUCCGUGAUCGCCUUACCGACAGGUCCAGGAAGCACGCAAAUCGUUAAGGCACUGCACCUGCCAAUUCGUGACGAUGAGUGGCUCCGUUUACUCUCGUAUGCGCGCCGUAUUCGCAGGCUCUACGUCAGAGAUAUCGACUUCGAACAUGUAGACCCAACUGUAUGGAUGACUCUGGCUGCACAGAAUGCAGGUUCACCGUUGCUAUCGAACCUCCUCCAUCUGCAAUGGUCCCACCUCGCAAUAUUGAACGUUAUUCACAUCCUACCACCGUCAAUUCAGAAGCUUCAAGCAACAUCCACACCCCCGCUGGAAGGCCUUUCAAUACAUAGCCGGCCUCUGGUAACCAGGAACGAAGUCGUUUUCCAAAACAUCAUCUAUAUAUUGGCAUCGCGUGCGACCGAUGUCCAAGACUUGUCGCUCCGUGUCUCUCACGCAUCAAUUCUGGAACCCAUUGAUCGGUUUCGAUCGCUGCGAAGGCUUUACUUCGACGCAAGCAGAACAGGUCCGCUCACAAGGCCCUUGUUCGACAAGCUUAGUCGUCUACAGAGUCUUGAGCGAUUGUUCAUCGAUCUCCCAAACCACACCGAAGUAACCUCCUCACCUGACGGUUUCCCUGCUCUGCGCGAGAUCCGCCUCGCGGGAAACCCUGCCGGCAUCAAACGCGUUCUAUCUGCAAUACGAGGUGCUCAGCUCGCAGUUGUCACCCUAAUCUUCAAGAACCUCGAGGAGAGCGAAUUGCCGUCUAUUUGCAGCAUCCUUUACAACCUUCGCGACUGUGGCAGCUCGUCGAUUCAUUUCCUCGCGCUAAAGGUCAUACCUCGUGUUCUCGCCUCAAGCAUCGUCCAUGAAUCCAAGGGUAUCCUGAAACCGCUUUUAACCCUACGCAACGUCCAACGCAUCGACAUUCAAAUUCUCUCCAAGCUCGUCGUGAGCGCCGAAGACCUGCAGGACAUAGCGGUUGCUUGGCCCAAUGUCAUUACUUUGCACCUGUUCUACAUUGAAGACGGUCAACCCCUUCCACCGCUUUCGUCCUUGUCACUCCUUGCGAAGCACUGCCCCGACCUGCGUAGCCUCGAGCUGCCGGGGCUGCAAGACUGCGACGUGGAUUUUUCCAACCUCCGGGUCUCGUCGCAUAACCUGCGGCGCAUCUUCCUUGGAAAACAGAUGGUUCCGUCAGAAAAAUUGGCCCGCUUCUUGUGUGCCCUCUUCCCGCGGCUAGGCACUAGCGUGUCGCACUCGCACGGGCCACAGUGGCGAGAGAUGAUGACGAUGAUUGCGGCAUUACAGAAAGAGGCGGAAGUAUGCGAGAAGAACGAUGGAGGUAUAUGA